GACUAAGGAGCCCGGGGGCUUCUCUGUUGUUCGUGCUUAUUGGGUCAAUAUUUUACGUUGCUUCACCUUUCUAGGAACCCACAGGUUCUCAAGCUUAUCUCAUCUAGCUUGUAUAGUGAAGUUAUUAAAUCUGCAUGUGGAGGCAGGUCUUUGCUCUAGCUUUCCUUCGAGGAGAUGCCGGUUGAGUUAGACAUCAUUCCUCGGAUUGCUCCCAGAGAGGACACAACGCAGCAGUAUAUACUUGGGUGAAAAUGGUCGUCAAUGUUGGCGGCGUUGUGGCCGUGGUGGUCUUCUAUUGUGUCAUUCUGUUGACUGGGAUCUGGGCUUCUAAGAAGGCCAGGAGAGAGGAAAAGAAAUGCCAGACCAGCAAGAGCGAGGUCACCAUAAUUGGGGGCCGGAACAUAAGUCUUUUGCUGGGAAGUUUCACUAUGACAGCAACAUGGGUUGGAGGAGGUUAUAUUAUGGGCACUGCUGAAUCCGUUUAUUCCCCCGAGCUUGGUUUUGUCUGGGCCGUUGCGCCUUUUGCUUACAUCGUCUGCUUUCUUCUAGCCGGAUUGUUUUUUGCUAAACCCAUGAGAUCAAAGCGCUACGUCACCAUGAUGGACCCAUUCCAACGUUCCUACGGAAACGCCUUCACCGCAGCAUUGCUGAUACCUGCACUGUUCAGUGAUAUUUUUUUUAUUGCCUGCAUUCUUGCUAGCCUGGGGGGAACUAUAAGUAUAAUCCUAGGAAUUUCCUCCACCAUUUCUAUCUGCGUCUCAUCCGCGGUGUCUGUCAUCUACACAUUGAUGGGCGGCCUCUACUCAGUGGCCUACACUGAUGUGGUCCAGCUCUGCCUCAUAUUCAUUGGCAUGUGGGUCAGCAUACCAUUCGUGCUUCUGAACCCUGCAUCCGUGGACAUCUCUCAGACCGCCUUCCUCAACCAGAGCAACCACACCUCAUGGAUAGGGGACCUGAAGCUGGAAGAUGCUGGCAUAUGGGCUGAUAUGACGCUGAUAUUGGCAUUGGGCAGCCUGGCCUACCAGAUCCUGUACCAGCGCCUGCUUUCUGCAGCCUCCUCCACUCAGGCCCAGUUCACCUGCUUUGUAGCUGCUUUCACAUGCUUUGUGGUGGGGAUCCCUUCAAUUCUAAUUGGAGCGGUGGCUGCCUCUACAGACUGGAACCAGACAGAGUACGGUUUGCCCUCUCCUUAUGAACGUGGCGAUGCACCAAAUAUCUUGCCACUUGCCCUGCUGUACCUCACCCCGACCUGGGUGUCCGUGUUGGGCAUUGGCGCUUUGGCUGCGGCGGUUAUGUCUUCCAUGGACUCUGUGCUGCUCUCCUCUGCAUCAAUGUUCACCCAGAACAUCUACAAAAGCACUUUAAGGAAAGGGGCGUCAGAAAGGGAGCUUCUGUGGGUGAUUCGCACUUGUGUGGUGUUGGUGGCAGCGGCCGGCACAGGCCUAGCCUUUGUUCAAGACAGUGUGGUUUACCUCUUUGUGCUAAGCGCUGAUCUGCUAUACUGUGUUGUUCUUCCUCAGCUAAUCUGUGUGCUUUUCUGCCAUCAUGCUAAUAUCUACGGUGCCAUUACCGGCUACGUAGUGACUCUGAUGCUACGCCUGAUGGGUGGGGAGCCGGUACUAGGGCUGCCUUGUGUCAUCUACUACCCUGGCUGGAGGGAGGUUGAUGGGGUUAUCAAGCAGUACUUCCCUUUCAAGACUCUCGCUUUUCUGACCUCUUUAGUGUGCAUCACUGUGGUGUCCUGGCUGGCCCGUCUGGUCUUCACUCAGCAUCUCCUGCCUCUCUCGUGGGACGUCCUGAGGGUGUUUAGAGAGAAGGAGCAAGCAGAGGGGGCAGCCCAUAAUGACCGAGCAAAGAGACCAAACUCUGCUCUGCUUGAAACACCGUUAUAGACGUCUAUUACUUUCCUAUCAGAAGAGCAAAGCUGCUCUCACAAGGUUAUGGAAUUGGAGAUUGAUUUGGUUUGUAUUUUUCUGAACAAAGUUUCUGUUCAGAAAAAAAGGCCUAAAAGUGCCUUCUAUAUUAUAUUGACUUCCUAUCUGUCAUAAGCCUAAUGCAGCAAAGUCAUAACGAGAAAUGGGCAAAAGUAUAAUAAACAGUUGACAACUGUAACACGGUUGUUUUUUGAUACUCCUAAAUGGUGAGCGGAAUGGGAAGGGGGGGGUAAAGGGGGACAAAGCCUUGUUUUCUGAACCAUCCAUUGUCGUUCUGCCUAAUCUAACGUUUCUAUGGAAUUUUCACCUAAUUAAAUCAUUGUAAUUAGAAUCGAGAACUGUAUGAAUAAAUUGUCAUUCAAACACUA